CCCCCGCGCGGCUCCUCGCCACCCGCCCUGCUCCGCCCCGGGAGCGUCCCGAGGGCGGAGACGCUGCGUUCUCCCGGACCGCCCGCCGGGCAGAGAAGCGGAGCCCGCCCUCUGGAAGCGAGUGAGACGGCCGCGGCGCGGCGCGGCUGCAGACCGGCUCCGCAUGUGGGCUCGGGGAUGGAGGCGUCCGAGCGCUGCCGGCGGCGCCUUCCCGUUCUGCUUCUGUGGGUUAACGGUCUAAUGAUGCUUGGAUUAGCAGGUGUGCAUCAACAGAUUAAUCUCUGCAAUGAGUCUCUCAUGUUAGAAAAGUUGCCUGUCUGUGGAAAGUUCUUUGAAGGGAUGAUGAAGAAAGUGGACUCCAAAAAAUGGUGCAACCUGACAGAAUUUAUCAUGUAUUAUAAUAACUUUACCCAGUGCACAGAACGUGAAGCCAACAAUGCAAGUUGCUUCUGGCCAAACCCCCUUGCAGAGAGCUUUAUCACUGGAAUUCAUAAACAGUACUUUUCAAACUGUACUUUGGACAACAUUCACUGGGAAGAUCCGCCAGAUGAAAUUCUCGUAACUCUGAUCUUGAUUCCAGUCAUAUUGACAUGUGCCAUGAUAAUGCUGGUAGUAUGGUGCAGUAAGAGAAGUGAUAUUCUAGUGUAAGUUGUUCCCAGUGGCUUUAUUUUUAGCAUUUCCUUCUUCAAGGAAAAAAACCAACAAACUAAGAAAGAAGGAUGAAAAAAGAAACCACGUGAAAAUUUCAGAUCUGCAUAAAUGGAACCUGUGAGAUGCUGGGACAGAGAUUAUGCUUCUGUGAACAAACAACUGCUUUCUUCUGUCAAAAGUCAGUGCUUCUGAGGUUGGUCAUCAGUGUUCCUGGUGCAAAGACUUCACUGUUGUCGGGUAUCAUAACCAUAGAAUUCACAGGCAUUUCUCAGGAUUAAGGUAGUCCACAGGUAAGUGGGCCCCUUGGCUGCAAGAGAGGUAAAGUUACUUUCCCAUAGGUAAAGCUAGUUGGUAAACCAGGUUUUGCAAAACUGUAUGUAAAUGUACAUAUACACGGUGUAGCAUUAUCCGUGAGUAAGGUGUUAUCUGUUGAGUUUCUGUGCAGAACUCUUGUGGUUUUCAUCUGUGAACCUUGUAACGCAGAUGUAAGACCAUUGGCAAAGAAACGGAACGUGGAUGUGUAACCAAGCGACAAGCUCUUCUGGAAGUCAGUGCAAAACAACGUUAUCAAGAACUGGAAAUACUGUCUCGGCAAAGAACAAUUAAUGUGUCCAGUGCAACAUGGGAAAAAGUAAUGCUGUGUUAUAAAAUAGCUUAGGAAAUGUAUUUGAGCAUAGCUGAGAUUGUAUGGCUUACAAACAAACUCUGGAAGGAUACAGAUCUUACUUUACAGAAAGUCUGUGAGAGGAAAAUGAUUGAGUAUAAGGGAAGAAACUUUCAUAUACCAGACUAUUUAUUUUUCUCUUUCAUUAUUAUUAUAGCUGAUGACUUGAAUUCACUAUAUACUCCCUGCUCUCACUUUGAUCUGUGCAAGUGACAUCCUUCAAAUAAAUAUUAAGGUGUGAUGUUGAUUGAGGUGCCUUUUAGAGGGUAAUUUUGUACGAUUUGUUUUUUGUCCUGUGAAGAGUGUGGGAAUUGAAGUAUGGAUAUCAAAGAGGUCUGAACAUAACUUGGAACAGACAUAGGAGGAAAGAGAAGAAAAAUCUACUCAGAAGUCUUAUUCUAUAAAGCUAUCCCAAUUAACAAUUUGAAUAAAUGUCAUAUGCCCAAAAUAAAACAAAUUUCUUGUUUGUAUUAUAAUUUCUUUUUCAUUUCACAAAAUACCUUCCAGUCAAAAGCCCUUCCAUUAUAAGCAAAUAAAGUCUGUUACAAGUAAUUGCUCAUUUUAUUAUGCAGUAAGCAGGCAAAUAGCUGGAAUGUCAAAGGAAUGAUAUUCCAUAUCCUAGUUAGAUUCUCUCUUUUAAGAUUCUGGUCUGCUGUUUAAUGACCAGGUAUGAAUCAAAGCACUCCCUAUAUUAAAAAUGUUUAUAUGUAAGUACAUAAAUAACAAGUGUAGAUACACUGUUUUGUGUUCACACCCUUUCACAAUGGGUAAAAACACUGGCUUUUAAAAAAAAUUACCUUAUAUGGUAUAAUUACGAUUAAUGUCGUAAGUUCGUAUGUAUUUUUCCAAAUAUAUUCGUUCAAUCUCUUGAUGCUAAUGGAAAAUCACUCUUUGUAAAAGAAGUGUGAAAUGUGUUCUAAGGAUUUCUGUAUUAAAAUGUUUUGGUCCACAAAAACCUGUAAUAAACAAAAAUGAUCAUUCAUUUGAACCAAAAGAUUCAUCAGAUUCAUCAACUCAUUUUGUGUGGCUAAAAUCAAAUAAUUUUCCAAUUACUGAUAUUUUGCAUAAAGUUUUCUUCUCAUUUUACUUUAAAUGUAAUAGCAAAAUAUUUAUUUGGAAACUGCAUUAAAAUAAAUUCAUGCUUUUUUUGCAAACCUAUUCCUUUAACAGCUAUUGCUGUGUUUCCUAUGAGUUCUUGACGUCUGUUUCAAACUAAGUUCAACUGAUCAACUAGUCAUCUUAAAGGCAUGAGCCCUCCAAAGAUUGGCCUAGGAAAUAGAUGGAGAAGAAACUU